AUGCGUUUUAAUACAAAUAAAUUACUAUUUGUUAACUGUAUACUAUCGUUGUAUUCAUCUUUGACAUCGGCAGUCUAUUUGGACUUGGAUAAUUAUGAAUCUCUACAGAAUGCCACUGCCUUAGUUGCUUAUGGUUUAAUGGAUUAUUACACAGGGCUGCAAUAUGGUAAGACUAUUGGUAUGUUCUCGGAUCCGUACUAUUGGUGGGAAGCAGGUGGUGCCUGGGGUUGUAUGCUGGAUUACUGGUUUUUCAUGGAAAAUGAUACCUAUAACGAUAUCAUCAAGCAAGCUCUACUGUACCAAGUCGGUACCGCUAAUGACUACGUUCCUUUGAAUCAAAGUACCACCGAAGGUAAUGAUGAUCAAGCCUUUUGGGGGAUCGCUGCAAUGAUGGCUGCUGAGAGAAAUUUUACAAACCCAGCUGAAGAUGAACCACAAUGGUUAUAUUUAGCUCAAGCCGUCUUCAAUACAAUGGCUUUACGUUGGGACACUGAUUCCUGUGGAGGUGGUUUGAGGUGGCAAAUUUUCCAAUGGAAUUCCGGUUAUGAUUAUAAGAAUUCUGUCUCUAAUGGUGCUCUGUUCCAUAUCGCAGCAAGAUUAGCAAGAUAUACAGGAAAUGACUCUUAUGCUGAAUGGGCAGAGAAGGUUUACGACUGGAUGGUAGAUGUUGAUUUGAUCACUCAAGAUCAAUACUAUUUUGUCUACGAUGGUGUUGAUUCAAAUGAUAACUGUACAACAAUCACAAAAUAUCAAUGGACUUAUAAUCAAGGUUUGAUUUUAUCAGGUUGUGCGUAUUUGUAUAACUAUACAGGAAGUGAACUAUGGCAUACAAGAACAAAGAACUUCUUAAGUUCAUCAUCGGUUUUCUUCAAUGACACUAUUUUAUACGAAGCUGCUUGUCAAAAUCAAGAAACUUGUAAUACAGAUCAACGUUCUUUCAAAGCAUACUUCUCAAGAUUCUUGGGUGUCACAGCUCAAUUAGUGCCUGAGACUAGAGACAACAUUAUGAAGUGGAUUGACGCUUCCGCUUAUGGUGCUGCUGAAUCAUGUUCUGGUGGUACAGAUGGUCACACAUGUGGUAUCAACUGGUUCUAUGGUGGUUGGGAUGGUAAGUACGGUCUAGGUGAACAAAUGGCCGCUUUAGAAAUUCUAGUAAACACAAGAGCUUUAGAUAGACCAGCUCCAUAUACUAGUAGCAAUGGUGGUUCAUCCACAGGUGAUGGUGCUGCUGGUACAGAGACAAGUGCUACAAACUUAUCACCAUUAAACAUCACAGCUGGUUCAAGAGCAGGUGCAGGUAUUAUUACUGCUGUAAUUGGUAUCUCUAUCGUUGCCUGUGCUUGUUGGUUGGUUAUAUAG